GUGCAGUGAAGGACUAUAUUAAGAUGCUGCUCCAGAAUGAGUCACUUAAAUUUCUGGUCUUUGCUCACCAUUUAACUAUGCUCCAAGCUUGCACAGAAGCAGUCAUCGAAAACAAGGCUUGUUACAUCAGGAUAGAUGGAAGUGUUCCAUCUUCAGAAAGGAUUCACCUGGUUAAUCAGUUUCAGAAGGACCCGGAUACUCGUGUGGCUAUCCUGAGCAUUCAAGCUGCUGGCCAGGGCCUAACGUUUACUGCUGCAAGUCACGUUGUCUUCGCUGAGUUGUACUGGGACCCUGGACAUAUCAAACAAGCUGAAGACCGCGCUCACCGAAUUGGACAGUGCAGUUCCGUGAAUGUUCACUAUCUUAUUGCAAACGGUACUCUGGACAGCCUAAUGUGGGCACUGCUGAAUCGAAAGGCUCAGGUCACUGGGAGCACACUGAAUGGCAGGAAGGAGAAACUCCAGGCUACAGAAGAAGACAAGGAAAAGUGGGGUUUUCUGCAGUUUGCUGAAGCAUGGACCCCAAGAGACAGUUGUGAAGAGCUCAGCAAGGAUGCUGUGUUCACUCAUUUUGAAAAGGAAAAACAACAUGAUAUUCGAUCAUUCUUCUUACCAAAAUCGACAAAGAGACCGUUGGAAACAUCCAAGACGUUCAAGAAGACUACAGUGGCCCCAAACCCUGGAAAAGUGACUGCAGAUGAUAGCACUGAUGACAGAAAUGGUUCUGAACCUGAAGCUAAAAGAUUGAAGACCCUCGGCACCAAAGACCCCAGCAGUGCGCUGGAGGGAAGAGCCACAGCCACGGACGUCCCUGAGGUCAGGUCCCCACUGGCCUCCCCAGCCCUUCCUGAGAAGGGCUGGCAGUGUGGUGUCUGCACAUUCGUCAAUGACUUAGUCCUUCCUUACUGUGAGAUGUGUGAGAACCCUCGGGUCAGAGCUGGUGAGGACUCAGAAGGUGAAGCUGUCCUCAACCGUAUGCAGGAUGACAAUAAAAAUGGGGAUGGUGAUUCUCAGAAAAACACCUCCAGAAAUGAUCAGGCUAGUUUGGACUGUGUAAAGGAAUGUCCUGAACAGCCAGAACCUGAGCAGUUGGCUAAUAGCAGGGAAGAAACAUGGAAAGGUGAGAGGAAGGACAGACUGACGUCCCAGGCAGGAAAUGAGCAAAAGAAUGAUUCAGGCACCCUGCCAGUGUGUGAGACCUUUAUGUUUUGUGCAAGUAAAAAUACAGACCGGAUCCACCUCUAUACCCAGGAUGGAAAACCGAUGAACUGUAAUUUCAUUCCUUUGGAUAUAAAGUUAGACCUUUGGGAAGACUUGCCAGCAAGGUUUCAGCUAAAACAGAAUCGUUCACAGAUUUUGAGGCUUGUCCGAGAAUGGAAUAGCCUGACAGCCAUGAAGCAGAAGAUGAUCAGGAAAAGUGGGCAGCUGUUCUGCAGCCCAGUCCUGGCCUUGGAAGAGAUCACAAAACAGCAGGCCAAAGAAAACAGUGCUAAAAGAUAUAUCACUAAAGAAGAUGUUGCCACGGCCUCCAUGAAUAAAGUGAAAACCGAUGGGGGCCACAUCCGUCUGAUCACCAAGGAGUCCAGGCCACAGGACCCUUCUAUAAAAAAGCUCUGCAGAGCCUGUGUCCCAUUUCCAAAACCCUGUCCGGCUGAUCUUGCUCUUGAGCCGUCCCCAUCUAAAGGCUACAUUCAGGCUGUGGAUAAGGAAGGAAGGCCGCUCUGUCUCCGCUGCCAGCAUCCCACCUGCCAGCCUGAGCAAGGGUCCAGUGCCUGGGACUCACGGUUCUGCUCCCUGGAAUGUCAGGAGGAAUUCUGGAUCCGGUCCAAUAACAGUUACCUGAGAGCCCAGGUGUUUGCAGCAGAACAUGGCGUGUGUCAGCUCUGCGGGGUGAAUGCACAGGAACUCUUUCUGCGAGUGAGAGAUGCCCCUAAAAGUCAGAGGAAGAGUCUACUAGAUGCUGCCUGGACUGAAAAGCUCCCACUGGAGCAGCUAAAUGAAAUGCUAAGAAACCCAGGAGAAGGCCACUUCUGGCAGGUGGAUCACAUCAAGCCAGUGUAUGAGGGAGGGGGACAGUGCUCCCUGGACAACCUGCAGACUCUCUGCACCGUGUGCCACAGGGAGAGAACUGCCCAGCAAGCCAAGGAAAGGAGUCAGGCGAGACGACACUCCCUGGCGAUGAAGCACGGGUCAGACAUCACUCGGUUUCUAGUGAAGAAGUAGCGGAGCAAACAGAGCACAUGUCCUGCAGGUAGAGGGGCUGACGAGAUGUCUCUCGGUGUUUGUCUAGUAUUUUAAGAGUGAAAAGUGCUUAAACAUCAUCAAGAACUAGAAUUUAGACUUUGUGCUAAGUGCUCUCAAAAUGAAGCAGCUAGCAGAAACUGAGGAGUGAUGGGAAGCGUUUCUGUGGUCUGCGGACUCCAUGUAGGUUGUCAAUCAUGUUUCGGGAAGACUUUGUUCAGCUUUGUUUCUCCUUAUACGCCCUCAUCGCUGCACUGUGUAUGUAAUAUGUGAUAAAUAUAUUCCCAAUACCUGGCAGUUGCUUCUUGGUUAGUAUUAGUUCUGGAUUGUGGGGUAUAAAUGGAAAUUCCAGAAAAAUCAGGGACAUUUUGGAAGAAAGCCAUCAUUACUGUGGAGUUCUGGGCCGACCAUGGCCAGCUUGCCUCCUGGAGAAGAGCUUCCAAAACAGGCUUUGUGUUUGGGACGUUGCCUUCUUCUGGG